AUGACAGUGAAGGAGACACAGAGGAGGACCACGCUUCGUGUGGGCUACAGGAGAGAAAAGUGGAAACUACAACACUGCUGCUUCAACCUGCGGACCGACACACUGAAGGAAGAUCUCUGCUGUCCGGUCUUUCAGGAAGUCUUUAGAGAUCCUGUUCUGUCCUGUAGCCACAGCUUCUGUAAAGCCUGUCUGCAGACCUGGUGGAGAGAGAAACCAACACGAGAGUGUCCAGUCUGUAAGAGAAGAUCUUCAAGAGGAGAACCUCCCUGUAACCUGUUGUUGAAGAACCUGUGUGAGACCUUCUUACAGGAGAGAGAUCAGAGAUCUCCAGAGGCUCUCUGCAGUCUGCACUCUGAGAAACUCAGACUCUUCUGUCUGGACCAUCAGCAGCCAGUGUGUGUCGUCUGCAGAGAUUCAAGAACACACACCAACCACAGAUUCAGAAUCAUGGAUGAAGCUGCUCAGGAUCUCAGAGAGGAGCCCCAGGAAGCUCUGCAGCCCUUAAAGAAGAAACUGAAGCUAUCUGAAGAAGUUAAAGUGAAGUUUGAUCAAGCAGCAGGACACCUGAAGGUCCAGGCUCAACACACAGAGACGCAGAUUAAGGAGCAGUUUAAGAAGCUUCACCAGUUUCUAGAAGAGGAAGAGGAGGCCAGGAUGGCUGCACUGAGGGAGGAAGAGGAGCAGAAGAGGAGGAUGAUGGAGGCUAUGAGCAGAGAGAUAGCAGCUCGUUCACCCACAGUCAAAGCCACAGAGGAGGAGCUGCAGCGCCCCCUGCUGGAGGAUCUACAGCUGCCCUCAGGAGCUCUGAUAGACCAGGCCAAACACCUGGGCAACCUCAGCUUCAACAUCUGGAGCAAGAUGAAGAAGAUGGUGUCUUACUCUCCUCUCAUCCUGGACCCAAACACUGCUAGUCCAAACCUCAUCCUGUCUGAAGAUCUGACCAGCGUGAGACUAGGAGCAGAGAGACAGAAACUUCCUGAUAAUCCAGAGAGGUUCGGUGAUUACGCCUCUGUCCGGGGCUCUGAGGGCUUUAUCUCCGGGACUCACAGCUGGGAUGUCCAGGUUGGAGACGGUACAGUCUGGUUUCUGGGUGCAGAGCCUCUCCGGAGGAAGGGAGACAAUCUGUCUGGAUGGAUGAUACAUUUCGAAGGAGGUAAAUAUGCAGCAAUGUCACCAGAUCUUCACACUCCUCUCCGCCUGAAGAAGAAGCUCCAGAGGGUCAGAGUGAAUCUGGACUGGAAUAGAGGAGAGUUGUCGUUCUCUGAUCUUGAAACUAACACACACAUACACACCUUCACACACACUUUCACUGAGAAGAUGUUUCCAUUCUUUAACACUGAGGAGGAAGUGAAGAUAUUACCACUGAACGUCCGUGUGACAAUGGAACAGAACAAAUAGAAAUAAAGAGUUUGUUUGUGUUUAUUAUGUUGUGUAUUUCCUUUAAGGGAACAGUCACUGAAUUUAACUGAUUAAUUUGAACCUGCUGUAGAAUUAUACCAAAGAUAGGCUCAUUUUGUUACACUUUGAAUUGCUGUGUAUUCAAAAUGUAAUGUUCUCUUUGUUGUGAUUUAGAGGUGUUUUCUGGCCAAAAAUACACUACAAUCGGCCCUUUUGUGUGUAGCACUUAGCUAACAUACCUGCAUGAUUCUUGUUUUUCUGGCUUUAUAUCUUCAUGGUUUUUUAUUGCACUUAUUGUAAGUCGCUUUGGGGAAAAGCGUCAGCUAAAUGAAAUGUAAUGUAAUUUAGUUCAUUUUUCUAUUGUCGAGCUUUACAUCUGUCAAAUGAUUUCUGAUCUUUAUGUUUGGUUCUACUUUUUUAUUUAAUGAAUUCAGUGUCAUUUAAAAAAAAUGUGUUUUAUCCUUUGUUUUGAA